AUGGCCAAAGGGAAAUCCACGAUGCGAAGUCCUGCUAGGGGAUCGGGGCGAAAAAUGGUGACGGCCGACGGCCUGGAUCACCCCAUCAGUCUAGAGCUUUGCAAAAGGCUGAACAGAUUCUACGAAGCCUUGAUACUGCUUUCAAGUCUGAUGCAGGCUUGUUCGCGCAAUGGACAACAGCCGAACAAAGCUCCGAGCGAUGUUUCUGAACCAGGAGAUGAUUAUAGAAUGACCCAGGAAUGCCUCAUGAAUAAGCUGGCGCAGAUAUGCGACAAUCGACGAGGAGGCGAAACUGUCACAUCUGUGGCCAUCAUACAGUUACCUGACUGUUUGGUCUAUGCCUUUGCAUCCAACCAGAGAUCUCCCAAAGAGAUCAAGGAAGCAGAGACAUUUCUUCUGGAUCUCUUCGAAUACUUGAGUAACACAAGUGCAACUUCAUCAGUUCUUAUGGAAGAGGCCACUUCGAAAUCGGCCACCUACGUACUAGAAAAGAUUUUGGCCUUCAAUCAUGAGCGAGUCCAGUGCUACCGCAUUGGUCUGGUCCAAGGGCUCACACAGUGCAUUAAAGAUUGCGAUAGGCGUGGAUCUGUCCAUGAGAAAACCUCGCAAGACGACGAGGCACUUGUCCGGGCAGCUGCAGAUCUACGACAAUCACUGAUCUAUCAUUCCAUCGUCGACAGAGGGAAACUGGGAAGGUUUGACGAAUCACCACAUUGGGCUGAACUACAACAUUUCAUCGGUCGCCUUGUCUCUUACCUGAGAGCGACUCAGACUAUCUUCGUGGCGCGAAGGCGUCACCCAGAGCUUUUCGACAUUGACAGCAUCAAGAUCAAGUUUAUCCCCUCAAGCAGGCCACUGCCCAACCCGAUGAACGCAUUCCAGGCCGGCCUCGACCCUUUACAGCGACAAACAGUCCGCUCCGCGCACGACUUAAUACCGCGAAUGACGGGAGAUGCGGAGAUGAUUGAGACUUAUAGUCAAUACGCGGACGAGCUCCAAGUGUGCAAGCUCGAUGAGCUGAUCGCGACUCAGUGCUGCAAAUCCAACCCCAGAGGUUUCCGACCGAUUGUGCACAGUGAGGUCCUUCUUCUAGAUUGGCUUCGCAAACAGUUUGCAGAGGACAUGCACUCCGUCCCUUUCUACGAGGGCAACAAAUAUAUCGGUUGCAGCAAGCCCACCUGUCGACUUUGCGAGUACUAUUUCGCUGCUCACAGCAGCGGCGUCAGAGUUCGCUCACCUCACCGCAACGUAUACCGAAACUGGGCUGUUCCCGAUGCUUUGGUAGAGGGAGAAACCUCACGGUACAAAGACAAAAUGAUUGAUGCGGUUUUGGUUAAGGUUCGCGAAGACGCUCUCACUGCACUCAGGGAGAAAGUAUGUGUGAGGAAGAGAUUCGACUCUAACACGUACUCGUCGAUGCCGACAUGUCAGUCGCUUACUGGCAUCUCAGUCACCUUAGAUGACCUGUCGUCCCGCAUCGGAGGCUUGUCCAUCUCGUCUCACGUGCACCCCCGUGUUUACCCUUCUGUCGCGACAAGAAUACAUGUAUCUAGCAACGUUGAAGACACUUGUAGUGUCGCUGCUCAGGGGACAAACGGUGGUAGCGAUGAUGAAAGUGGUGGUGUACUAGUAUUCUCUGGUCGUAAUAGGCGUUCCUAG